UGUAGUAGUGACGGAGGAGCGAAUUUAAAAUGGGUGAUGUUGAGAAAGGCAAGAAGAUUUUUGUUCAGAAGUGUGCCCAGUGUCACACCGUUGAAAAGGGAGGCAAGCACAAGACUGGGCCUAAUCUCCAUGGUCUGUUUGGUCGGAAGACAGGUCAAGCAGCUGGAUUCACUUACACAGAUGCCAAUAAGAACAAAGGAAUCACCUGGGGAGAGGAUACACUGAUGGAGUACUUGGAGAAUCCCAAAAAGUACAUCCCAGGAACAAAAAUGAUCUUCACUGGCAUUAAGAAGAAGGGAGAAAGGGCAGACUUGAUAGCUUACCUCAAAAAAGCUACAAAUGAGUAAUAGCCACUGCCUUAUUUAUUUAUUGCAAAACAAAUGUCUCGUGGCUUUUUAAUGUGUACCAUAAUUCAAUUGAUCUCUAAUACCAGAUUUCAUAUCAUGAAUGGCUGGCAGAAUAUUUUUGGGCAGUCCUGAUUUAAGUAAAACUGGCUUAUGGUUAAGUGAAUGUGAUCUUUAAAAAAAAAAUACUGUCAUUUGUUCCCCUUUCUGUGAUAUGAUUGGACUUACUAAUGUUCAAUUUUUCAACAAGUUAGGGAAUACCAUCUCCAAAUCUGUCAUAUUGGUUUUAUAUUCAGAUU